AUGUCACAUUUUGCUAGUCGUUUUUCAUCCUUCAGAAGUAGGUCUGCAUUACAUCAAGGAAGUGAUAAAAGAAGAAAUUAUGGAAGUCCUAGUCAUGCUACAAUAUUUAGUAAUCCAUUAGCCAUAUCUGUUCAAUCACCUAGAAAUCAACGUUAUGAAGAUGAAGCAAUUGAACCAUUAUUAUUUACACAUAAUACAUGUGAUAAUAAUAAUGAUUUAAAUUCAUCAAAUGAAAUAAUACAAUUUAGAAAUCCUAAUCUAUUAGGAAGAACACCAUCAAUAAAGGUAGAUAAAUAUGCAAAAACAGGAAUUGGAGUUGUUGUUGAUAGAUUUCAUGAUGAAGAUGAAAUUAUACAAAUGGCAGAUGAAGAAUUAGAUGACGAAGUUCGUGAUAAAGUAAAAGAAAUUCCAUUUACAUUUAGGCACAAAAAACAUUCUUCUUUAGCUACAACAUUUCAACAACGUUCUACAGCACAUGUUUCAUGGGAUGAUGGAGAAAUGAAUACGACAUCUGAUUCACAAAGUAAAGAAUCUGAUGAUGAAAGAGAAGAAAUAGAUAAAGAAUAUUCUGUUAUAAAAAAAUAUGCUAAGCUUAUAUUACCUCAUGUUGCCUUGGUGUUAGUUUCAUUUGUUUAUACUUUACUUGGAGCAUUGUUAUUUUAUACUAUUGAAAGGCCAAAUGAAUUUGAUACAAAAAAAGAACAAUUAAAAUUAAUUGAAAUAAGACAAGAACAAUUUGUUAGUGAAUUAAUUAAUUUAGCUAUACAAAAUAUAACUAGUCGUGAGGAAUGGAGAAAUAUAGCAAAAAGUCAUAUGCAUAAUUUAAGUGAUCAUCUAUUUAUAGCAUUUGAAAAAUAUUUUAUGACAAGUGAAGAAAUUAAAAAUAAUCAUAUUAUUGAAAUAUGGACAUUUUCAACGGCUGUUUUUUUUGCAGUAACUGUUGUUACAACAAUUGGUUAUGGAUCACCAGUACCAACAUCACAAUAUGGUAGAAUAUUUUGUAUUAUUUUUUCAAUACUUGGUAUACCAUUGACACUUGUAACAAUAGCUGAUAUGGGUAAAUUUUUAUCAGAACAUCUUAUUUGGAGUUAUGGAAAAUAUUUAAAAAUGAAACAUUUUAUCUUUAGAAAAACAAAACAUAAAUCACAUCAUAUUGAUGGUGAACAUGUUUGUGAUGAAUGCCAAUCUAGAGGUCUUAAUCGUCAUAUGGAAGUUGUUGAAGAGCAAAAAAUACCAGCACUUCUAGUUUUAGCAAUUCUUGUUUUAUACACAGCACUUGGAGGUGUUCUUAUGUCACAUUUAGAAGACUGGAGUUUUUUUAAUAGUUUUUAUUUUAGUUUUAUUACAAUGACAACAGUUGGAUUUGGAGAUUUAUUACCAAAAGGAAAAGAUCAAAUUUUAAUUAUAUUAAUUUAUAUUAUCGUUGGUUUAGCAAUAACAACAAUGUGUAUUGAUUUAGUAGGAGUACAAUAUAUCCGUAAAAUUCAUUAUUUUGGUAGAAAAAUUCAAGAUGCUAAAUCAGCAUUAGCAAUAGUUGGUGGUAAAGUAGUAAUGGUAUCAGAAUUUUAUGCAUCAUUAAUGCAAAAAAGAGCUAAAGAAUCAUCUAAAGCUUAUAUUAUUGAAAAUUUAUAUAUAUCUAAACAUGUUAUUCCUUAUAUACCAUCAGAUAUACGUUGGAUAAGAUAUAUAGAUCAAGUGGAGGUAAAUGGUAAUAGAGAAAUAGGUAGAACAUCAUCUACAGCUAAUUCUAUAUCAAGUUUUGAUAUUCAUUCAUGUAGAUUCUGUCAUUCAAGAUUUAGUAUGAAUCAAUAA